UUUAAAUGAAGGCUGGUGCCCACUCCACCAUGUGGUUCAAGCAUGAUCGUAUAAUGUAGUUUGUCCAGAUCUCUUCAUGCUUCAAAUUUGGUCCCCUAAUAAGUCAUGUGGAAUAUGUCUAAAAGUCUUUGUACUUGUUCUAUUAAUACCAGGAAGUCAUGCGCUGCCAUACAACGGAAUCUUCUGCAAUGACCUUUCCCCAUCCUCACUAUCAAUCGAGGCAUUGGCUCUGGAUCUGCCCCUGACAGGUUCACACUGGAGUUCGCUGGAGCAGCUAACGUCAAAGCGAGCUCGAGAUCUGUUCAGACCGAUCUAUACAAUUCCCUGUCUGGCGGAUAAAACGCCAAGCCGCACUUGUGUUCUUGAGCUAAGAAAACUGUUUGUCGAAAAGUGGACCCUAUACACUGGAAUUGAUGGAACCUCCAGAGAAGCAAAAACAGAAGCCAGGCAUUUUAGAACCUAUAUUGAACAGUCGCAAACCUUUUGGACAGUAAUGACAAGAAAAACGUUUCGAGCUAGUUGCGUGAUCGUUUGUCAUGGACUUUUUCAUUCACCAGAGAAAAUGGAUGUAUACAAUGCCACGUGUCCCGAUCCGUGUUUGACGCAGAUGGCGUGUCCACCCACCGAGUGUCACAAGACUGGAAUAUUUGCACACGAAUACUGGUGUGAGUGCGGUACGGACAAAAUUUGGGAUAUAGAGAGUUAUGCCUGUCUUCCAAGGGAGAUGUACGAUUUGCGUCGUGGUAAACCUCACCCGGAAUCGGUCGGUCUUCGAAAAUGCUACGGAAAAGUAUACUGCAAUCUAAACGGGACUUUAUUCUGUCGUCAGGAUGUGGAAAAUCAGCGCCAUUUUUGUAUAUGCAAGCCUCAUUACCAAGGAACACGUUGUGACGAGACAGUGGAUGCAUGCAAGAAUCGGAUUAUGCACCCCUACCUUCCAAACGGUGGCUUACUGAUUGCCGGAAAUCAAGCGUGUAAGAUUAAUGUGGAGGGUAACGUAUGCCAUGCUUUCAUUACGGAGGAGAAUGACCCCGCGUUCAGUUGUCAUUGUGGAUCACCCGAAUGGUCUCCGGAUCCGUCGCUACCGUAUGAUAACUGUUUCAAAAGACGGUCCAUGUGUGAUAGCGUUAUUUGUGUCCACGGGAAGUGUGUGACUUCAGCUUCCGGCUUUCACCCUUACUGUGUGUGUGACUCGGGAUACAGUGGUUCGAUGUGCGAUGAAUGGACGGGAACGUGGACAAAUUGGUCCCCUUGGGAUAAGUGUAGGCCAGCUUGUGGCAGUGUCAGGUACAGCAUUCGAUUCCGCGAUUGCCAGUUGUCAAAUGAGGAAAUGGACGACCGACGAAUGUGCGUGGGCGCACCGAUCGAAUACCAACAGUGUGCAGCGCAUCCAUGUACAAAGAGCGAAGGCAGCUUCUUGACUAACUACUUCACGGUGCGUCAAAGUGCUAUUGCAUCCAGCUUAUCCACUGCCGCUGUCAUCACCGGUCUGAUCACAGUGCUUUGGAUAGUACUUCUGAGAACAACUCUGGUAACGCCACUGAGGAUCCUUUUGCAGAAGUGGAGGUGGUGGUUUGCUUUCCGUUACAGACGUCCUCGUGCCACGAUCACGUAUGAUUAUACCUGACUAUCUCCAGUUGGACUGUCACUAUCGAUGCCUCGGAACUACACCUUGAUGAUGUAUUUGGAAAUUUCACUUUAUAAAACAACUUUUUCAUUCUAAUACAGGCGAAGCAUUAUUUGUAAAACAGGAUAGAAUCAGAUCAUUGAUGAAAGCCUUGCCAUUGUAUC